AUGAUUCCGACGACGGGGGUAUGGUGGGACCUUGACAGCUGUCCAGUUCCCGCAGACAACAUCUCUCAUGACCUCUUGAAAAAGAUUUCUUCCUCUGGAAUCCUUCUUAGACACACCCCUCAAGUUGGGUCAGAGGUCUUUGAUCUUUUGGAACAAGAAUGGAAAAAGCCUCAUCCACCUCCAGCUCCAAUAAUGCUCAUAUCUCGCGACGGUCCGUGGUUUAGCGAUUUAACCUCCUUGGGAUACACUAUUCUUCAGUAUUCUCACUCGAGCGAUGUGAAGACAAACUGUCAGGUACUUGAGGAUGAAUUACCAGCCUGGUUUUGCUUUCUAUGCGAAAUCACUAGCCAAACCUUUGAUGAUUUCAUCGAGCAUCUCAAGAGUGAAGGACACAGAAAAGAGUUGUUCGACUCGGUGCCCUUGUACAUGGACGAUAACGAUAGACCUAAACAUUUUUGCCAGCUUUGCAAAUAUCCUACCUUCGACACUUAUACGAUGGCAAUUCAUUACAAUAGUGAAAUACAUGCACAGAAAGUAUUGGAGCAGGCCGGCGGCGGUGUGUCUCAAAACCUGGUUGCAGGACCAAGCGAGAAAGAGGAUUCCCUUGCCUAUCAACCCAACACAAGUCAAGAAGAGGAGGAAGAAGACCAGUCAUCAAGAAGAGGAUCUCUUGAACAAGAAGAGGUAGGCGUGAACUAG